AUGGAUAAUAUUGGCGGUGACGAGAGAUGGGAUAGCGAGAACGCAGUAGAAUUGCAAGAAACUGCAGAAACCGAAACAGAGGAAGAGUACGAAGACGAAACGCUGUCGUUUAGUGCCCUCCCACUCAUCCCAAAAAACACCGAUAAGGAAGAACAAAUUUGCAAUCGGGCCCACACGGAGGAUCAAAUCCACGAGGAUUUCGAUUUUUGUUCGGUUUCAAAAGAAUCCGAAAUGUGCGCCGCCGACGAGAUCUUUUUCGGUGGCCAAAUUCUGCCUCUCCGCCACUCAAUCAGCUCCGAUCGGGGAUUAUUACCGCCACAGCGCCACCACAUGACCCGAUCGGUUUCCAGAUCCGAAUCAAUGGACCACCUCUACUGCGACUCGGCCGGACUAAUCUCGAGCCGGAGCAGCAGCAUCGGCAGCCACCAGUCAUCCAGCAGCAGCGGCAGCGGAAGCUCCGGCGGGCGACCCGAAUUUCCGCCGGCACGAAACCAAUUCCACUCUUACCCGAGCCCGUCGCCGAGAAUCCAUCUCCCAAGCAAGCGCCGCUCGGUCGGCGCCAACCGGAGGAGCGGCUCCGCCAAGAGAUCUCCGGCGUGGAGCAUUUUCCGGCUGGGGAUACUGGCGGCGCCACCGCCGGACAUCGCGUUCCAGGAUCUGAAGCCGCGGGCCAGCAGCAGGGGAUUCGGGAGCCGGAACAGCACGGAGAGCAGCGGGAGCUCCGCCGGAAGCUCGAGCGUGACGAGGAGGAGGAAUCUGAGUUUGCUCGGCGGGUGCAAGUGCUCGGCGGACGUGGUUGAUAAUACGGUUAGAGGCAGAGUCGUGGUUAUCAAGAGGAGCGCGGGCGAGAGUGGGGUUGACGCGCCCGGGGGAGAGAGUGGGGAGGGGAUUAAGCCGGCGAUGGGAGUGAAAAAACGGCCGGCGAGAAAGCAGUCGUCGCAUCACCGGACGUCGGAGUGGCUGAAACAGCUCUCGCUCGACGACGCUGCAGGAGAUUAA